ACGAGGUCAGCGAGCUGAAUUCAACGCUGAUAUUCCCCGAGCUCAAGGGAUGCGAAGCUUCUUGUAUGUUUCCUUUUGAGUAUGGUGGUCGCACAGAAAACAGAGGAAUUCCAUAGCUCUUUCUCACCCUCUCUCUGCUCGACUCGGAAUCUGAACGCACGACUCACUCUAUCCAUAAGUUUUUCGAAUAUGAUUCCCCUCUCUUUUCCACUUCGAACCGAGACCCUCCAUUUCUAAAAGCCAAAAUUCUCUCUCUCUCUAUCUCUCUCAAGCAUGAGAAUAUGUUGUACCCAAGCAGAACUGCGGGAGCACUAUUAAAGUGGGUCUUCUUGAUCAUCAUCUUCACUUUGUUGUUCACUUUGGCUUGAGCUUCUUCCACGUUGAAGGGCAUAUAGAAAAGAAAGUCUUCUGGGUUGGGCAGAGAGAGGACGGGAGAGAGAGAGAGAGAGAGAUGCAAACAUCUGCUCUGAACUCCAUAAUCGAUAGGCUUCUUAGUGUGAGAGGCAAGCCGGGGAAGCAAGUGCAGCUCAAGGAAGAAGAAAUCAAGCAGCUCUGUUUCGUGUCCAGAGACGUCUUCUUGAGCCAGCCCAAUCUCUUGGAGCUUGAAGCGCCCGUCAAAGUUUGUGGAGAUAUCCACGGCCAGUAUAAUGAUCUCUUAAGGAUUUUUGAGUUCAGCGGAUUCCCACCUCGUUCAAACUACUUAUUCCUGGGAGAUUAUGUUGAUCGCGGAAAACAAAGCCUGGAAACAAUUUGUCUUCUCCUUGCGUACAAAAUCAAGUACCCAGAAAACUUCUUCCUCUUGAGAGGCAACCAUGAAUGUGCAUCUGUGAACCGCAUUUACGGAUUUUACGAUGAGUGUAAACGGAGAUUCAAUGUCAGGCUCUGGAAGAUGUUCACCGAUUGUUUCAACUGCCUCCCUGUGGCAGCUCUUAUUGACGAAAAGAUACUGUGUAUGCACGGCGGACUCUCCCCUGAUCUCAACGAUUUGAACCAGAUCAGAAGGUUACCGCGGCCCACCGAUGUUCCAGAGAAGGGUUUGCUAUGCGAUCUUCUCUGGUCCGAUCCUAGCAAUGACAUUCAAGGGUGGGGUCCAAACGACAGGGGAGUCUCCUAUUCAUUUGGUCCUGACAGAGUGACGGAUUUUCUCAAGAGGCAGGAUCUUGACUUGAUUUGCCGUGCUCACCAGGUUGUUGAAGAUGGUUAUGAGCUUUUCGCCAACAAGCAACUCGUGACCAUAUUUUCGGCACCUAAUUAUUGUGGGGAGUUUGACAAUGCUGGUGCUGUGAUGACUGUUGAUGAGAACCUUAUGUGCUCUUUUCAAUUACUGAGUCCUGCUGAUAAGAAGCAGAAAGGGUUCAGCAUUGGGGGCACUGCAACAGCUAAGUCUAAUGCAUUUCCAAAUAAAGUCAUGGUUGGUGCAAUCUUAUGACUUGCGGAAUCGUACUUUCAUUUCUUGGAACAAAGGCAUAAGUAACUGCUGGCCGUUCAAUAAUGGAAGAUAUAGAGAAUCAUUCGAAGUCUCCAGAUCAUGGAACUUGCAUAGAAGAUCAUUUCAGUUUGAGGGAAAGGCUACAACUUUGUCUUUGUGUUUAGUUCUUCCGAUAAGAUUGUCAAAAGGUUUCUUCUGACGACAGGGGGUGUGUAUGUUCUUCCGCAAUGAAGAAAAAAGUGAGUGAACAGUCAAGGAUGGCUAAUUGCAGAGCAAUUUUACUUCCAAAGGUUGUUGAAAGAUUAUGAAGUCAGUUGUUGUUGAACUGCCAACUACUUUUUGCUUGUUGAGAAAGAAUGGCAUCCUCUAUUUUACUAGGAGCACUUGAUUGCUCUUGAAGAAUUGAUGUUAAGGGAUUGAGAUAUCAAUUAUUGGAACUGAAGGGUUAAGUGGAUGAUGUACACUCUUGCUUAAUCUUUUUCAAUGCCAACGUUUUCUUUUUCUUCA